ACGGCAAGUGCAAAGCAACAAGUUGCCGGAAUCGCUUUGGUUUCUCCAAUGGGGACCUUGCGAUGCAGGAAUGAAAGUGCGAUCGAGGGAGCGCAGGCGGUGAGCUUAACGGAGUGGCAGCGAUGGGGUACUUCUUCUCCCGUCCCCGCCAUGGUGAACCAAGUGAUCGAUGAUCUCCGCGUUUUGACGAGGGACGCCGAUACGAGAAUGUGCUUUGGCGGACUCGGCGGAAAGCCUCAGGGAAACUUUAGGAUUCAGGAAGAUAUUAGACAUAGAGAAGUGUACCAAUCUCUAACUGAAUCUGAAGAAAAGCUUCAAUUUUUUGCUGCUCGACAAAUAGCAUGCAGAUUGCUUGGAAGUAGGGGAUAUCUUUGCCAGAAGUGUUGGAUUGCUAUGGAAGACUGCAUGUGUUCAAUGCUUGUGCCAUGCAUUCCUUGUAUGAAAAUAAGAUUUUGGGUGUACAUGCAUCCGAAGGAUUUCUUGCGGCAAAAUAACACUGGAAAGUUACUGUGGCAACUUUUCGGAGUUCAGGCUGCAUCACUUUGUCUCUUUGGCAUUCACGAACAUGAAGAAAUCAUGUGGGAUGCAUUCAGAGCCGCAGGAAGAAGAUUGGUAUGGUUUCUUUAUCCUAAUCAAAACACCUCUCCCAAAUCAGUCAAAGAUAUCUUCUUUAACAGUUCACUUACUGAUCCUGAAGGUGAAAAGAUGGAUCAAAAGAAGCUAAACUUUGUCCUAAUUGAUGGCACAUGGAGCAAUUCUGCUGCAAUGUAUAGACGUUUGAAGGAGAGAUGGGCCGCUACAUGGGGGGAGAAAGAUCCACCUUGCAUUUCUCUUUCAAGUACUGGCGCAUCAGUGAUGCAUAAACUCCGGCCACAGCCGGGUUGGGAUAGAACAUGCACGGCAGCUGCUGCUGGUGGUCUUCUCUCAGAACUUCACCAUCAUCCGGUGCUGCAGUCACAUGGGCUUGAUAAACAUGCGGAAAAUGUGGAGAAUGCAUUGGAUGUCUUACUCAAAUCCCUCACUGCUCGACGCUUGCGGAUGGGCCGGUCCAUCAAUCGGAAGGAAAGGCAUAACAACUGCAUCUAAAAGAACAGAACUUUUUUUUUUUAAUCUUGUCCUUGUGCUUAGAAGAUGAACUAUAGCUGGUAAUUGUUGCUUGUAAGUCUACUGGGCGGACGAGAUUAAAGCAACAGGUUUCACAUUUUUUAACGUGGUAUCAUUAUUAUUUCCAAACAGAUUUGAGGGAAAACUCUGUAUGUUCUUUUUAAAAAACAAAGUAGAGUCAUUGUGGUUAAAACUAUAGUUUUGUAAACCUGGGGAACUACUGUUUUGAAUUUCUGAACUAUGUUAUCACAUUGCGAUCUUAA